AGUGCGCGCGCGGUCUGGCCCCAGAUCUUCCAGAGAUCCCGACUGUUUUUAUGGGAAUACGAGCUCGAAAAAUAAACCAUUUCAACCAGCUAGACCGCAAUGUGUCACCAUCUUCAUCAGCAUAAUAGCUCCCAAUCAGAUCCCAACUCCGUUCCAAGGGUAUAAAUAGAGGAGCACUGCGUAGAUCGGCGGCCAGAACUAGAAGCGAUCCGUGAUAGAAGAACACAGAAAAAUCCAUCAUGAGAAUACGAGCUCCCUUGUUGCUGAUCCUCACGAUGCUGAUCGCCAGCUGCCUGGACUGGAGCAGUGCCUUGUUCCUAAAGAGUUGGAAGAAGUACAAGGGAUCCGGAGGAGUACAGAACUAUGGAAACUACGGAUAUGGGAACUCUGGUUACGGGUACAAUGGUUAUGGAAACAGUGGGUAUGGAAACUACGGAUAUGGGAACUACGCUGGUGGCUAUGGGUAUGGCUAUCCCUCGUACCAGUCGUACGGUUAUAGAGGCGGAAGACGACCCAGCUCUGGGCAACGCCAAGGACGCACCUACUCGGAAAUUGCCCGAGUCCUGAAGCCCGAUGGCUACGUGGGUCUUGGGGGCAGCCGUUUCCUGCCCCGUACUCCAUUCUCAGUCCUCUGGGGCUGAGAUUAGUUAAGUUUUCGUUAUUUAAGCACUAUUAUGUAUCAUCUCGAAAUAAAAAGAGUGAAAGUUCCAUCUACUAAUUGGCUAUGCCAAUUAAUUAUAA